CCACAUUCGGGUCGAAAAAAAGAUUCCGGUGUAUACAGCGACAGACUGUAACGAUUUAGAAGUACAUUCUUGGGUUACAACUACAAGAUUAAGUACCAUCACACUACUUAUUUUGGACAAGCCGAUGCCUUGUAUAGACUGUUUGGUUCACAAGUGAAACGUGAAGAAAAAUAUUCUUGUGUUGUUCCGUUGUACUAUUUAAACAUGGAAUUAUUUUGGUUUGGUUAUUUAUUCUCUGAAGAAAUGGCCCACACUGAGUCACGAAACGUCAAAAAAUUUAAUUUUCCUACUCAUUGGGAAGACGCUGUCGAUGGUCUACCAGUUACUUUCAAAGCUAUCAAAGAAGCUAUGGAAAAUAAAAAUAUAUUAGGAGAAGUUAAGUGUUGUCUUCUCACCAAAUGGCCGAACCGUCGUUUUGAAGGAGAACUGCUGCAAUAUUUUCUCGGACGGAACUCACUCAAGAUUGGUGAUUCAUGUAUUAUGUUCGGCGGCAAAAUUAUUUUUACGAAAAACAUUACGCCACAAGGUUUUGAGACCAUUCCACAUUUGCCAUCGCGGCAUCUAUAAUACGAAGUCGUUCGCUCGAAGCUAUGCUUACUGGCCUACAAUGGAUCGAGAUAUCGAAACUAGGUGCCUCAAUUGUUCAUUGUGUUUGCAAGCAGCCAAAAGCCUUAGGUCGAGUGGGCCACAACAAAGGAAAAAGCCUAAUAGUCCCUGAGAGAGUCUCC